UAAUUUUUUAUAAAUAAUAUAUACAUAUAUAUAUUAUAUAUAUAUGAAUGUGUAUCUAGAGUUUGUCUGCCAGUAGGCAGAUACAGCUGCACACUAAAAUACAGUUAAAGCUGAUUUGUAGAUAAUCGUGAGGUACUGGACUCUUUGAUACACAACAACUUGGGAGAUAUAUUUUAAACAAACAAACAAACAAAAUAUUUUAUUGUGGAAAAAUGGGAUGCAAGUCCUUAUUUGAAAAAAAGCUACAAUAUGCUGUUCUUAAUUACCAAAGAACUUGUAUUAGACUGACACAUUUGCUGUUUAUAUCUUUUUAUUGUAAAUGUUUUAACUAUAGCUUGGUGCCAUGUUACUUCUAGUCACUGGGCACCAUGCUGCCUUAUGUCCUGUGUUUAAGCACACUGAAAUAUCUGACUGCUUCAUUUUUUGUCUUCCUAGAGGCCUGCCACUGUGCUGACUUGGUAUUCUAUUGAAAACACCAACAAUGCCUAAGACUGUGUCUGGCAUUUCCUAAAUGAUCACAAGCCAGCCAGGCAGUUUGAUUGCAGAAACAGUAUUACUGUAAGGAUGUGAGAGGACAACAUUUUUUUAAAUGGCUUUUUGGGAUGUGGGUAAACAAAGCAGCGUAAAUGGAUCGUGACUGCCAACUUUGCACUGUUAUUUGCUGGGUUAUGAUCAAGCUAAUGGAACAUUCUAAUUUAGUCUGUAAAGUUUAUUUUGAUUACGGAAAUGAUAGAGGGGUUUAUGUAUGCUGCUUGUGGGUUCUUGAGAGAGAGAUUCCACAUGUAGAUACUGUAGAUGCCUGUACAAACAUCUGAAUAUUUUGUAAAGUAACAAAUGGUAAACAUGAAUGAAAUGAAUGGCCUGCUGUAUCUGUUUUUCUUUAUUUCUUAGCAAGUGAAUGAGUGAGAUACCUGGGACCUUACUGAAAAGCUGCUGUUCUUCCUUUGAUUUAUGUAUAAUAAAGAAUCAUUAAGACAACCUAAUGAGUCUCUUCCAGUUCACCACUAGAAGGCUGGUUUUCCAGGCAUGCUGUGGACUUAAAACUCUUUUUUCCAAGAAACAGAGAUUUUGCUUAAAAAUGGCUCGUCCUAGUUCAAACAUGGCGGAUUUUCGGGAAGUAUUUGCCAAGUCAAAGCACAUAGCCAUCAUUACAGGGGCUGGUGUUAGUGCUGAGAGUGGUGUUCCUACCUUCAGAGGUGCAGGGGGCUUUUGGAGGAAAUGGCCAGCUCAGGAACUGGCUACUCCAGAAGCCUUUGCAAGGAAUCCUUCUCGUGUGUGGGAAUUUUAUCACUAUCGUCGGGAAGUGAUGCUGAGUAAAAAGCCUAACCCAGCACAUAUUGCUAUUGCGGAAUGUGAAUCCAGAUUAAGCAAACAAGGAAGGAGUGUUGUGGUCAUUACCCAGAACAUUGAUGAGCUCCAUAGAAGGGCAGGCACAAAGCACCUCUUAGAAAUUCAUGGUAGCUUAUUCAAAACCCGAUGCACCAGCUGUAGAAAUGUGACAGAGAAUUACAAAAGUCCUAUAUGUGCAGCUCUGGCUGGGAAAGGCGCUCCAGGCCGUGAAAUAGAAGAUGCCAAGAUUCCAGUUGAAGAUCUUCCUCGGUGUGAAGAACCUGGUUGCAAUGGCCUCCUCCGUCCCCAUGUUGUGUGGUUUGGAGAGACUCUGGAUUCUGACAUCCUCACGGAGGUUGAAAGAGAAUUAGAGAUCUGUGAUCUUUGUUUGGUGGUUGGAACUUCCUCUGUGGUGUAUCCAGCUGCUUGUUUUGCUCCUCAGGUGUCUGCCAGGGGAGUACCCGUUGCAGAAUUUAACAUGCAGACUACCCCUGCUACGGAAAAGUUCAGGUUUCAUUUUUCUGGUCCUUGUGGAACCACCCUGCCUCCAGCGCUUGCCUGCCACGAAACUGAGCUAAUCUUGUGAGCACUGGCCCCUGGGAAGAGCCAAGCUGCUGAGACCGCCUGGAAACACACACCGAGCGAGCUGGUACCGACUGGUAAGGACACGGGCUGGCUUUCCAAGGAGACCAAACGGAGAGAAGAAAGGAACUGAAGGAGGCCUGGGUUGCAAGGGGGGAACCUGAAAGCUGUGGAAUAAAAGAAAGAGAAGUGAA